UAUCAGAUAAACCGCUCACUUAUCUAAUGUUAAAACAACUCCAGCUGUACAGCAUUCAAAUUUAAAUACAUGUAACAGGAUGAACAACAAAAAUGAUAAUAGUAUUGUUCUCUACUUUGCCGAUGACGGCGAAAGUAUAUGUGAUUUUAUCCUCGCAUCUUUGGAUAAAUUUAAAUAUACAGUUCGUAAGCACAAUAUCUGCAUUAGACGACCCCCCGAAGAAAGCAAGGUGUUUAUUCUUGUUUUAACACCUGAAAUGUUAGAAGAACUUGAAAUUCGCCCUAAGCAUUUUCUGAAGAAAAUAGCAUCAGGAUCUGUUAAUCAAGCUUUAAUACAUCAUGACGUCAUCGAUGUUAAAAAUAGCAACACAAGACGAGUCUUGGAGUAUCAGUGCCCGGACAGUCUUAGCUGGAAAUGCCUUAGUACAGGGAAAAACGACGAGGAGUUCAAAAUGACAUGUUUUCAGAUUUUUGCUUUGAUAGAUACGAAUUUCAAAGCAUUUCAAGUUCCUACUCUGGUUAAUUUCAAACUGACACCGAAAGAGAUUUGGACGGCCAAAGACGAUGUCAUUAUCACCUUUAAGAAAACAAUGAACGGCAAGAAUAUGAGCGUCCGUCUGAGACACCAAUGUGGUCUUUCUAAUACAGUGCAAUGUUUAAAACUAAAUGAAACCGCUUACAAAUUCAACCCAGAAGGAAUGCCGGAGGGAGAAGUUUUAGUGGAGGUUCUGGUUGACGACUCAUCUUUGGGAAAAACGUCAUUUACAAUUCGGCCUAAAAUGCAGCUACUCUCAGAUCUCUUAGAUGACGUCAUAAACCCCAUCGAUUUUAUCUGUAAAGCAAUGAAAACUGAAAACCCCGAAGCUUUAGAUCUGAUUUUAAGUGAGAAAUUCUCCAACUUCAAAACUCAUACUAUUCCACUUACCGGUCUAGAAAACUUGAAUCAAGAGGAAAAUUCGAAAAUAUUUGCCGAUGCAUCAGAUUCCGAACUUCCCACUAUCCUCCAUUUUGGUGCCAAAUACGGUUUACAUCGGUUCUGCGAGACGUUGAUGAAAUAUCCUGGUUAUAAGGCCGCUAGGUUGAUAAAAAACAAAGAUGACAGAACUCCAAGUGAGAUUGCUCUACUUGCAGGUCAUUGUUCUCUUUCAGAGCAAAUUCAGAAUACAGAGUGUGUGUCUGAUUAUGAAGAAAUAAAUAUUGCAUUAGAAGAAACAGACUCGGACUAUCUGACCUUUCCCAUGGAAGAAGAAGAAAAUACAUGCACAGUGAAACGACUUGAAUUUCAAAGAGAAAUCCAGGCACCGUCCCUACCACCUAAAUGUCCUGAAAGAGACAGUGGCGUCCACGGUAGCACUGACAGUGGAUCUGGGGGCAGUAUGAGGAGGGGUGCUGAUAGCUUGUCUGGAGGCAGUUUGAGGAGCAGUGGGUCGGGGGGUAGCUUGAAAAAAAUGUCCGAGAGUAGCUUAAGAAGUGGCAAUAAUGGCUCCAGAAGUAGCUUACAAAGAAGUGCCAGUACUGAGUCGGGGGAUAGCUUUAGAAGUCGCACUGCAAGUCGACUAAGUCUUCUCGAGAACGAGGCUUUGUCACUUCCGGGAAAUUUUACUGAUAAUUGGUCUUGAUUCUAACAUGCCGGAGAACAUCGAACAUGAUCAUAAAAAACUAUAAUUGAUAUCUCUCCAAUAGACUUUUAUAUAUGUGCUCUUGACCUGAAAAUGCAGUAUCGCAGUGUAUAAACAUUGCUAAAUAGAUUAAUAUGCACUGUCAUAAUUUUGUACAUACAACUUGUUAGGCUUAAACUCGAAUUGAUUUUCGAAAAUCAAAGUUAACAAUGAGUGUAGCCAAGCACAGAACGUGAGAUUCGAUAUUUUUUUUUCCCUUGAGGUUUCCUUAUUGGGUGUAUUUCGUGUACUAAUGAGGAAAGUAGAGAUAUUUAUAUCCGUUCAUCCAAAGAAAGUUAUACAGGAAAUGCGUUUGGGUGAAUAUUGUGAUCUUUCCACCUUCUUCAUUAUUAUAAUUCAUCUUCCUUCUUUUCACAGGCUACAUCUGUACAUUACAUGAUCAUUUAUUGGUGUGUACAUAUUCAAUUCAACUUGACAUUUUUUUUCUCAUAUAUGUAUAUAUAACAGUUACAUAUAUAUCUAUUAAUUAUGAUAUUUAUUUGGAGUAAUAAUGAGAUGUUAAUUUGUUGACACAGGUGUUUCCAAAAAAUAGUUCUUUAUUUCUGGCUUACAUUUUCUCGGAAACCAUGUUUAUGUGGAAAAUAUUUAUAAAAAAAUUUUAUUUAAAGAUAAAAGUGUAUUUAAAUUGAGCACAGAGUUCUUAAAUUAUUGCAGAACUCUGAUGAUAAAUACACAUAUUUUCCUUAUGUUUUUUCAACUAUAUCAAAUAAUUAAAAAAAAAACAUUUAUAUUCGCGUAUUUGAUCUUUGAUUAGCUUUACUUCCCGAAAAACCAAAACAUGCAGAUGAAUAUUAACGCUGAAAUUUAGGCUAUGUAUCCAUCUCUUCCUUAUCAUUUUAAAAUUGUUAAUGAUUUUUCAUUGUAAUCCUUUCCAUCAUUUAAGCGUCCUUUUUAUCUCUCUCAGGAAGCAAUUUUGUCCAUUUACUUUCCGAGUAGUAGAUCAGUAUACUUCCUCAAGAGUUAGAUAAAGUUGUUUUCUGCUUUUGAAAAAAAUACAUUCGAUGACUUUGAUGUGAACAUUGUAAAUAAAGUGUUUGCGUGGAUGCAAUGUAGGAUUUUAUGUGCAUAUUUUAAAGCAUUCGG